AUGCCAGAUAUAUUGUACGCUACUGGGCUCGUAAGUCGCUACAUGGAAAAUCCAACUACUUCCCACUUCAAGGCAGCAAAGAGGAUACUCCGCUAUCUCAGAGGUACGAUCGACUAUGGCCUAUUUUAUUCACAGUCUAAUGAUUACAAGCUUGUUGGCUAUAGCGAUAGUGAUUGGGCUGGAGACAAUGAUGAUCGAAAAAGUACAAGUGGAUAUGUUUUCUACAUGGGAGACACUGCCUUCACUUGGAUGUCUAAGAAACAGCCAAUUGUCACACUAUCAACAUGCGAAGCCGAAUAUGUGGCCGCCACUUUCAGUGUUUGUCAUGCAAUUUGGCUCAUGAGUUUAUUAUCGGAGCUCGGGUGGCCACAAAAGAAGCCAACAACUAUUUGUAUGGAUAACAAGUCGGCCAUUGCGCUAUCCAAAAUCCAGUGUUCCACAACCGAAGCAAACACAUCGACACCCGCUACCACUACAUCAGAGAAUGCGUUGCAAAUCAAGAGAUUCAAGUCGAGUAUGUGA